AUGCUCAAAGAGCACCUUGCAAAGCGCUGUCGUUCCUGGAAGCGACAUAUUGCAGCCGAUGGCGAACCCGUAGAUUUACCCCUCCAUAUACUGGAUUUGAUCGAGAAUAACAAGUACGCACCAGAACCCCGCACCAAGUUCCAAUCGCUUUUGACGGUGAAGGGUGGAGAUCGAAUUACUUCAAUGGAUCUUGGUCAGAGCCCAAAAUUCUUUGCGAAAGGCUACCAAGGUCGCGAGUUUUUUGUGACCGAACAGAUGAUGAAGCUAUGGAAUGAACUCGAGAACAGUGAGUGGUCUGUCCAGAAGUGUUUAUCGGGUCCAAUGGGCGUCGGUAAAUCAUACAUUUCAUGGUUCCUUGUGGCCAAGGCAUACGCACAUGGUUGGCCAGUGCUUUAUAUUGCCGAUGCUAGUAAGCUUAGCAAUUGUGACACUAAAACUGCCGCAUCAAAGCUGAUCUGUCAAAUCUUCUUAUCCAUCAACAAAGAUAUUUUGACAGCCUCAGAGCUCAAAGAAAUGGUCGCAAUUGAAACAUCGAAGGAUCCUUAUGUGAAUAGCGCCACCUGUAUCUUUGCUGAACUACUCCAGUCAAGAAGUCAAAAGGCAUUAUUUGUCGUGGAUGAGCAUGGUGCACUAUUUCCAGAAAGUAGUAAGUCUGCGCCCGAAAGGUUCCCAUUUUUAGGGCCUCUACAGACUUUCAACUCCUGGAACAACUCAAAUAAUGCGAGAGUAGUGUUUAGCAGUACGGUAAGAUUUGCAAAGCUCAUUCUCAGAGACGCAUCACAUUAUGUCGAGUAUGUUGGUCCAAUGUCGCCUGAUAUUUUCAAUAAGCUACUGGAUGUGAUCAUAGAUAAUCGCUACCCAACAGGCCGCCAACAUUUGAAUGAGCUACGAGGCGAGAUUCAAAAAGCCACCGGAUGUGUGCCACGGGAACUCAAUAUUUUUUUUGGCGAAGACAUUGAAGGCAUUGAGCUCACAGCUAAUGGGAUCAAGCAACGACUAAAGGAUUAUGAGGAGGAUCGCAAAGAACAAUUCUUGGAGAUCUUGAAGAACUGUUAUAGUAAAAUUGAACCGAUAUUCCAACCAACUACUCGUCAAGCUCUAGUCGAUGUGUUUCUGCAAAGCAAGGAUCAUACAGGACCGCCACUUGAUUGGCGAUUCUACCAUUUUGGAAUAAUGUAUGAGUAUCGGAACAAGGGCAGGAGUAUGAUUAUGAAGCGCCCAAUUACACCAGCAUCUGAGGCGGCACUUUUGGGACUAUACAGGCUAUGUCCACUCCCCAACGACUACAUAUGUGCCGCAAGGCAGAAUAUCUUGCAACCUGCACAAUUUUCCGAUGUUUUCUUUCAGAAGCUUAUCAAGCAAAACAACAUAAUCUUCAAGUCGACUAACCUCGCUGGGAAGGAGGAACAACUUUUAGAGCUGAGAGUCGAUGGCUUUGAACAUCUUCAAGAUCCACCUAAAAGAUUUGGCGAUGAGGGCAAGAAUAUCUUGAUACAUGGAGGCGAACUACCUCGAUUCGAUUUUAUACUUGGCUACACUUUUAUUCAAGUUUCGAUUUCUAAUUUUCAAAAACACAACGAGGGCACUGCAGCAAUUGAUUUGGCAUUUACAGAUCGGAAAUAUUCUAAUGGCAGAAACCAAAUCGAGUAUUUCCUAGACUACACAUACGGCGGAACUCACAGAGCAGAAAUGGAAAUAACAGAGGUGACCAAAAAGACCCAAGCUAAGAAUACUGGCGAAGGAAAAUCAGUAAUCGAUAAAAGGGACUUCAAAGUAACGAGAGAUGGUGUGCUGUGUCCGGACUUUAUGAUUUUGUAUAUUCGCGGGAAAAAUGACUUUGAUGACAAAGGCAACGAAGUACAUAGACCCAAUCACACUGGUAAAGUCCAGGAGUAUCCCCAGAUAAGACAUGUUUGUUGGGACGAAGCUAAAAGGAGCUUAUUUGGUGAUUCACUUUAA